AUGAACAUAUGGCGUCAUGCUGCCACCCUUGUCAAUAGGAUCGCAAGUUUCGUGGAUACCAACCACCUGAGACCCCUAAGUCUGAUCAUCGUCCGCAGAGUUCCAUUUGCAUACCAUCUUGCUCAAAUGGUUUACGACAUCAUAGCUGAGGAGACUGAAGAUUAUGUUCUAUCGGCCCUCGAGUUGGCUCAUUGCUUGGUAUCCAAACUCCCUGAUGUCUUUAUUAAUGUCUUCUACCGGAUCGGUCUGAUGUCUCUAAUUCGCCUCACCUGUGGUCUUAUGACAACAGCUGCCGCCGAUUCUGUAACUUCUUUCUCUUCAUCGACUAUCUCCGGUGAUUCCGUGUUAGCUAGCGCAAGAAGUGUACAUGAUUCAACGCCGAACAAUGCGAGUUUUAACAGACAAAAAUCAUCCUCAGCUCGGCUUACUUCCAAUUCGAUUGGUACGUUAAUAAAUUAUUAUCUCUUUGGAUAUUGUUACUUUUAUUAUAGUAUUUUAAUGUAG